ACCAACACAAGUUAAAAGGGUAUCCACAAUUACACAAUUUUCCAGAACACUGUGACUACUUUACUACACCAUGGAGGUGAUGGAAGAUGGUAAUUUAAUGGACAAAGUCCACAUCCUAAUCCAACGAGACAUGGAGUACUACAAGAAUAAUCAAACUGUUCUUCAAGAAACAAUUUGUCCGGGGGUGGCUGGAGGCCGUUUAGAUUUCCCCAGGUCCGUUUCCUUUGCCGCUAUGAAAUUAGUUCUGUGGUGGGAAGAAGAAUAUGUUGCUGCCUACCGAAAAAAUUCAGGCUUUUUGCAAAAGUGUGAGGUUUCUGAUCAGAAUAUGGAUACGUCUGGGGGCUGUGGAGGCAUCGUCAAGGCUUCAGAUCCGACGAAGUUUGUUAAUCUUAUUAAUAAAUCAGCGGAGCAGCUUUUAGAACAUUUACACGUGCUCACACAGGAAGCUCUUGAUCACGCUGAUUUAACGGUCUUAACUGGGACAAUCGGUGCUGCAACUCUUUUAAAAAAUUGUCUCUGGUUUUAUUUACAAUCCAUUAGUGAAAUAAAGGGUAGUCAGGUGGAGUUGCUGCAUGACAGUUCAAAGAAGUACCAAGAAAUGGGUGAAGCUUUAGCUGAAAGGUUGCUGGAUUUACAUUGUAGGUUGCUCUCACUGUAUAUUUUACAAGAAGCUGAGUCUUUAGACUGGGAAAACCAGAAGGCUUUUUGUGAGUCAGAAAGGGGCUCCUAUGUUAUACAAAUGUGGUGGUUGUAUAUGCAAGGGACUAAAGAGGAUUUAUGGAACACUGUUCCUCCAAAAAUGGCACAAAGGGUUUUUUCUGGGAUGUUAAAUGAAUCAUUAACAAUUUUAACGGUUCGUUACACUCAGUCUUGUCCUUCUGAAGCCAGAAGCAAAUUGCUUGUGGUUGAUAUAAGUAAUUUGUUGUUGUGUAUUGCUCAGUUGCUGCCUUGCAUAUGUGACAGAGCUGAAGAAUUAGUUGGGCUGAACUUGAACAGCAAGAGUAAAAUAUUGAGGGACAUUCAUACAAAGUGUCAGGAAUUAUUGAACUGUUUAGUGUUGAGGGGAGCGUCUCUGGAUGUGUUGCACAAGGUUUUCCGCAAGGGUAUUGAAAACGUAGACAUUUUUAAAUCCAAAAGCCUGGGACCCGCCCCAUGGAUAAUUUUUGCCCUCCCUAACAUCUUCAAAGUACACCCAAAAAACACCCUCAGAAUGUCAGAUUUACCCCCAAACAUAGCCAUAGCUCUCGAACUCACAGUUCUUUUAGCACAACCCCAACCCAACUGGGCCCUGCUACUAAAAGUUUUAGGAAUGAAAAACUGCAAACUCUUAAAGUUAAUACUGGAGUUUUCUUUGGAAAAUUUUUCCGCGGAAAUCCAGCAACCAACAAUCAGAGUCGAACCCUGCGGAUUCUUUCUGUGUUCCAGCGACGGAACAUGCAAGUGCAUCGACACGUCAGUGCCUUUUCUCACUCCACUACACUACUACGACUUGAUUGCGUCAGUCACUUGCGUUAUUCUAACGAUUGGCAGCAAUGACGAUUUUUCCGAUAUACUCUUUUCGGCGAUUAGUCAUCAACCCAAUUGGGCAAAGUGCUUCGACCGCAGAAACGUUUGGAACCAAAUCAGACCACCCUGGUACGAAUCUAUCUUAACCUUCAUCAAACCCCUUCUUCCAACCAUCACCAGAACCGUCAUCAACGCGAUUCAAACCGGAGCGAGUAUGUACCAAGCGAUGUUGGUCAUUCUGGGUUGCUACAGCCAGUUGUGGGACUGCGUGAACACAGUCUUACCCAGAGUAUCAACCCUAAUACAAGAUCUACUCCCUGCUGACGUAACCCCAUUGAACCAUUCCGCUCUAAUCCAGAUACUUAUCAGCGCUUUGUACACAGAGUUGUUGCGCCAGUCCGAGCUAGAACAAAACAAGAAGGUUAAAUUUUCUGGUGUUCCGGCUGAAACUCCUGCCAAAGUACCAGAACACAAAAAUUCAAUUACGAGCUUCGAAGGGAGUUGUAGCUCACCUGGAGAUAUAGCGCUAGCGGUUGCCGAGUCUUUGUGUAGUAUCGACGAAGACAACAAGCACACUGACCAAAUUGAGGAGUUUUUGGAGCAGGUGAAGGACAGUUUGGAGAUGUUUGACGAUAGUGGUGAGGAGGGAUCGUCAAGGGUUGAAGGGAGCGAACAGAUCACUGAAGUGCUGGUUAGUGAUAUUUUGAUGACGAUGCAUGGGAAGAAGAGUCUGAAGAGACUGCACCACUUCAUUAAAAAUAAUAGUGAGUGGUUUUUUCAAAAGUUGGGGAUUAGUGAGAAGGUUGAACCAGUCGUUCCGAAUAGAGUUAUAGCGGCUAGUUGUCCCCUUUUGCAUACGAUGUUUCAUAUUGGGUAUAGGUCCUUCGACCAGCUGCUGACUGGAGAGUGGCAACCUAACUGGAAUGGUUUGUUCCAAACACCAAUGGGAUUGAGCAUUGACAGGGUUUGGGCACAAAUUUCUCUGCGUUGGGAAUUUAGAGAUAUAAAUUCCUCGUCUUUGUCUACCAGAGACGUGCAGAUUGUUAAUCAUUUAACGACGGUUUUAAAGCAGUCUUAGUUUAAAUAUUGUUAACUCUUAGUAGAUCACUAGCAACUUUAGUAGUAAUGAUUAUAUUCCUGCUUUAAAAAACCACUAGAACUUUUAAGGUGUGAAUUCGGAAAAGUCGAAAGGAAGUGGAGGGUGAAAAAGAGAGGAAAUGGAACAGAGUGACAAAUGUAUAAUGAAAUAAACCACCCUUCAUCGAGAGUGUAAACUCUAAAUAAAUGAGCUGAUGAGA